AUGGCUGCAGUCGAUACCGAAUUCCCUGCGAACUGGGACAUAAAUAAAGGCCACCUAGUUCAUAGUGACGAUCCAGAGAAAAUCUACAGAGAGUAUGCUCAUUUGCGCUCAACCUGCCCUGUGGCUCAUGUGAAUGCACACAGUGGGUAUUGGAUUUUGACGAAAUAUGCCGAUGUCAAGGCCACGGCCUCCGACAAUUCAAAGUUCAUCUCAGCCAAGUGUGCUGUGGUGCCCGCAGAUCCCCGGGGAAUCCGACGACCCCCGCUCAAGUUCGAUGGCGACCAGCAUGCCCCUUAUCGCACUGCAGUAGAUCGAACCCUCAAACCCGCUCGUUUGAGACGGUUGGAACCCAUCCUGCGAAGCCAUGCUGAGCGUGAGCUUGGCUGUUUAAUCCAACAAGGUCAUGGGGACAUAUAUGAAGGAUUUGGCGCCCAGUUUUCCGGCUGGGUUGAAAAGGAGUGGCUCAAUCUGGAUGAGCAAGAUUCCAAGCUCCUCACCAGUGCAAUCACUCCAUUUGUAACGGCGUGGCGGACACAGAACUGGGCACUGGUAAAAUCGUCCAGUGAUAUGUUCUACGAGAUUGCCAGGCGCGUGAUUGCAUCGCGGAAAGAUAACCUUCUUAAUCCGGAAGAGGACCCAGCGUCGAGCUUGCUGAUUGAGAGAGAUCAUGAUGGGAAUCCUUUGGAUGAUCACAAUUUGGUUGGCUGUAUCCGCCAGAUAUUGAUCGUUGCGAUGGUUGCACCGAGCAUCAUCAUCUCCUCAAUGACAAACCAUUUGAGCAAAGACAAGGAGCUACAAAAUAAGCUACGCAACGACAAAAGGCUUCUACCAGCGGCGAUUGAGGAGUUCAUUCGAUUAUAUGUCCCCUAUCGGGGCUUCUCUCGAACAGCGCUGCAUGAAGUCGAAAUUUCAGGUACCACGGUUCCUCCCGAUGAACCGAUCACUGUCGUUUAUGCGGCCGCGAACCGCGACCCGGAUCAGUUUCCACACCCUGACCAGUUCAUUAUGCACAGAGAGAAUAUCUCGACACAUCUUGGAUUCGGUCACGGUAGGCACCGCUGUGCUGGGAUGGUCCUAGCACGCAUGAUGCUACGAAUCUACCUCGAGACAUUGUUGGAUCACACGGUCGAUUUCGAGGUCGAUGGAGAGAUUCAUUAUGCACGGUUACCAGAGAUCGGCCUGACUACUUGCCCCAUGAAAUUUUACCCUCGGCCGUAA